UUUCCGUAUUUCAAUUCCUUGAUCCCCUGUCAUUUUACGGAUUACCCCAUUCCAAAAAUCGCGGGUUUCCAAAAAAGAAAAAACAAAAAAAAUACAUGUAACAGAAAGAGUGAAAGACGAGCUCACCAACACACACUCACACUCACAGACUCACUCUCCAUUUCUCCAGUUUUCCCUAUAAGCUACGCCUCUCCUUCUCUCCAUCCACGCAUUCAUCAAUUUCCACCACCAAAGAGAGAGAAAAUUAUAUCCAACACAAAUACAGAGAAGAGAGCGAGAGAGCGAGAAAGCUCGAAGGUGAUUUCAAUGGCGGCCUCUAAUGGCAGCGAAUUCUACGAGCUAGACCUAACGAGUAACGACAUAGAAUCGCCGUUUCCUCGGCCUUCAAACGCUGAAGCAGUUGCUAAAGACGAGGAAGACCUCGUUUUGGCUGCAAUCGAGCGACUUCCUUCUGUUAAACGGCCGAAUGCUGCUAUUAUUGUAGAUGAUAGCGGCGGAGGGGAGAGACAGAGAGUCAUCUCCACCAUUGAUGUUACUAAGCUCGAUCGGGUUCAUCGUGAGUUGGUUGUUAAGAAUGCUCUUGAUACUGCUGAACAGGACAAUUACAAGCUUGUUUCCGGCGUUAAAGAACGUUUUCAGAGAGUUGGAUUGGAAUUGCCGACGGUAGAAGUGAGGUUUGACAAUUUGAAUGUCAUAGCAGAAGUCCAAACAGGAAAAAGAGCAUUGCCUACAUUGAUCAAUUACGCUCGAGAUAAAAUUGAGGGCCUCUUGAAAAUUUUGAGGUUAUUUCGUCCGGAGAGACAUACUUUAACUAUCUUGAAUAAUCUCUGUGGAUAUCUCAAGCCUGGGAGGAUGACGCUGCUUCUAGGGCCUCCUGGAGCAGGAAAAUCUACCCUGCUACUGGCCCUAGCAGGAAAGCUAGAUGAUAGCUUAAAGAGUAGUGGAAGAAUUACGUACAAUGGCCAUGAACUCAGCGAAUUUUGCGUGCAAAGAACUUCAGCUUACAUAAGUCAAACAGAUAAUCACAUUGCCGAGCUAACAGUGAGAGAAACUUUUGAUUUUGCUGCUAGAUGUCAAGGAGCAAGUGAAUCUUUUUCAGGACAUAUGGAGGAACUUGCUCGAUUAGAGAAACAAGAAAAAGUAUGUCCAAGCCCAGAAAUUGAUGCGUAUAUGAAGGCACUAUCAGUUCGUGGAAAAAAGCACAGCAUUUCAACAGAUUACCUUCUCAAAGUCCUUGGCCUAGAUAUAUGUGCUGAUACAGUUGUUGGUAACGACAUGAAUCGAGGGGUUUCAGGUGGACAAAGAAAGAGAGUUACUUCAGGAGAAAUGAUUGUCGGGCCUAAAAAAACUCUCUUCAUGGAUGAAAUAUCCACUGGACUAGAUAGCUCAACUACAUUCCAGAUUGUAAAAUGUGUAGGGAACUUUGUUCACCAAAUGGAAGGAACUGUACUCAUGGCUCUUCUUCAGCCAGCACCUGAGACAUUUGAACUCUUUGAUGAUUUGAUGGUGUUAUCAGAAGGGCAUAUGGUCUACCAUGGUCCUCAGGCAGAUGUUUUGGAAUUUUUUGAAUCGAUAGGCUUUCAGUUGCCCCCUCGUAAGGGUGUUGCAGAUUUUUUACAGGAGGUUACUUCUAGGAAGGAUCAAAAGCAGUAUUGGGCAGAUCCUUCAAAACCAUACAGAUUCAUUCCCACUGAAAAAAUUGCUGAAGCAUUUAAAAAUUCCAGAUUUGGGAAGACUGUUGUAGAUUCUCUAUCUGAUCCAUAUGACAAAUCGAGGAGUCAUCCUUUAGCUCUGUCGAGAACAAUGUUUUCUGUACCGAAAUGGGAACUUUUUAAGGCUUGUUUCUCAAGAGAAGUUCUAUUGAUCCGCAGGCAUAGUUUCCUCUACAUUUUCCGAACCUGUCAAGUCGCAUUCGUGGCAUUUGUCACAGGAACACUUUUUUUUAGAACAAGGCUACACACUACAGAUGUGACUUAUGGAAAUCUCUAUCUUGGCUGCCUUUUCUAUGGGGUAGUACAUAUGCUGUUUAAUGGACUUUCUGAGCUGUCUCUCAUGAUACAUAGACUCCCAGUCUUCUACAAGCAAAGAGACAAUUGUUUCUAUCCGGCUUGGGCAUGGUCAAUUUCAAGCUGGAUUCUGCGUAUUCCAUAUUCGGUCCUUGAAUCUGUUGUUUGGUCAUGUGUUGUAUAUUACCUGGUUGGAUUUGCUCCUGAACCUGAAAGGUUUUUCCGUUUCAUGCUGCUACUAUUUCUGAUCCACCAAAUGGCAUUGGGUCUGUUCCGGAUGGUGGCUACACUAGCAAGAGAUAUGGUCAUCGCCAAUACUUGUUCAUCAGCUUCGCUGCUUGCUGUACUCUGUUUGGGCGGUUUUAUUCUUCCAAAAGAUAUGAUUAAACCUGGGUGGAUUUGGGCAUACUGGAUAUCACCCCUAUCCUAUGCUCAAAAUGCAGUUUCUGUAAACGAAUUUACUGCAACGAGAUGGAUGCAGCUCACAGGAAACACUACAGUUGGGAAGAAUGUCCUCGAGUUGCAUGCUAUACCUACUGAUGGGCGUUGGUACUGGAUUGGAAUCGUUGCUUUAUUCUUCUAUGCACUUCUUUUCAACAACAUAGUUACUCUAGCCUUGGCUUACCUGAAUCCUCUAAAAAAAUCUCAGACUGUGAUACCACUUGACGUCUCAGACAAUGAUGCACUCAAUGAAGGCAAAGAUGAGGUGCUCGUUUCAAAUAGAGCUUCAUUCAACUCUGAGAAACAUAAGGGAAUGAUUCUUCCAUUUGAACCACUGUGUAUGACAUUUCACAAUGUCAAUUACUUUGUUGACACGCCACAGGCUAUGAAAGCAAACGGUGUACUACAAAAUAGGUUGCAGCUACUGUCAAAAGUGAGUGGAGUUUUCUCACCAGGAGUUCUUACUGCAUUAGUUGGAUCAAGCGGAGCAGGAAAAACCACUAUGAUGGAUGUGCUGGCUGGAAGAAAAACAGGUGGAGAAAUAGAAGGAGACAUUAGGAUCUCAGGUUAUCCAAAAGUGCAGCCUACUUUUGCUAGAAUUUCAGGAUAUGUUGAACAGAAUGAUAUACAUUCUCCUCAAGUGACAGUGGAGGAGUCUCUCUGGUUCUCUUCUUCACUUCGUCUUCCAAAAGAAAUUAGUAAAGAAAACAAAAAGGACUUUGUUGACGAAGUAAUGAGGCUCGUGGAGCUUGAUAAUCUUAAACAUGCCUUGGUGGGAUUGCCUGGUACUACUGGCCUAUCAACAGAGCAAAGGAAGCGCCUGACUAUUGGUGUAGAGCUCGUGGCAAAUCCUUCAAUUAUUUUCAUGGAUGAACCGACAUCAGGGCUUGAUGCACGAGCAGCUGCUAUUGUGAUGAGAACAGUCCGUAAUACUGUUGACACAGGACGAACAGUGGUCUGCACUAUACAUCAACCAAGCAUUGAUAUAUUUGAAGCAUUUGAUGAGUUGCUUCUUAUGAAACGCGGUGGAGAAGUUAUAUAUGGAGGAAAGCUUGGACUUCACUCUUGCACUAUGAUAGAGUAUUUUCAGGGGAUAAGUGGAAUCCCUCCAAUUCCUGAUGACUAUAAUCCUGCAACUUGGAUGCUUGAGGUUACCACUCCUGCCACUGAAGAGAGACUUGGCAUAGAUUUUGCCAGCAUUUACAGAAACUCUGAUCAGUUCAGAGAGGUAGAAGCUCACAUAGAGCAAAAGCGUACACCGUCACCUGGAUCCAAGCCUUUAUAUUUUGAUACAACAUUCUCUCAAGAUAUCAUAUCACAGUUUUGGCUUUGUCUUCAGAAGCAACGUCUUGUAUAUUGGAGAUCUCCACAUUACAAUGCUGUGAGAUUCCUUUUUACUACAGUCUGCGCCAUGGUACUUGGCUCCAUAUUUUGGGAUGUUGGCUCAAAAAGGGAUUCAAUCAUUAACUUGCUUACAAUCAUGGGAGCCCUUCAUUCUGCGUGUUUGUUCUUGGGCGUCAGCAAUGCUUCUUCAGUACAACCAGUUAUAUCCAUUGAGAGAACAGUUUUCUACAGAGAAAAGGCAGCUGGAAUGUACUCUCCACUGGCUUAUGCAGCUGCUCAGGCUCUUGUGGAAGUUCCAUACAUUGCUGUCCAGACAAUAACCUAUGGCAUCAUCACUUACUUCAUGAUUGGUUUUGAAAGGACAUUAAGGAAAUUUCUGCUCUAUCUUGUCUUCACAUUCCUUACUUUCACUUACUUCACCUUUUAUGGAAUGAUGGCUGUCGGCCUUACGCCUACACAGCAUAUAGCAGCCAUUGUAUCUUCUGCAUCUUACUCACUUUGGAAUCUUUUCUCUGGUUUCCUAAUUCCCAAGAGUAUAAUCCCGGCCUGGUGGAUUUGGUUCUAUUACAUCUGUCCUGUAGCAUGGACACUAAGUGGACUUAUUUCAUCACAGCUUGGUGAUGUUGAGACUAUCGUUGUUGGACAAGGGUUUAAGGGCUCGGUCAAAGAGUACUUGGAUCUUCAUUAUGGCUUUAGCUCUGAAAUGAUCGGUAUUUCAGCUGUUAUGCUUAUUGGCUUCAUUCUCCUAUUUUCUGGCGCAUUCAUGGCUUCUAUCAGGUACCUGAACUUCCAGAAAAGAUAAGAAUUGGUUGAACAAUUCGGCGAGGAAGAGAUUUAAACUUCACAACAAGUCACUGGAGAAUGGGAAGGCCAGGAGAAAAGUAAAGGAAACAAACAAAACACAGAAUUCUUUAAAGGGGAUCUUCGAUCGACAUAUAUCAGGAUUCUAGAUGAUCCAAUUCCAAUUUUGCAUUACAUCUCUUGUGCAGAGCUUUAGAAUUAGGCACUUAAGAUGCUUCAGCAUGAAACUAUUAGAACUUUAUUACUUUAGGAGCAAUAUAAUACUUUUGAGAACUUUUAGGAUCUCAUGCCAAAUGCAGAAGUCAACUAGCUUAGCGUUGUCGUUAUUAGUACCUUUUUGUAGCUCCCCAGAAACUCACUAAAAAAAAUUAAUAUUUGUACAUACAUAAUAAAUGACAAUUACUUACAGAAAUUGAGGUUAAUGACUUCAAAAUUCA